AUGAAUACACCUACGGGACAUUUGAAGGGAAAAGUAACAGACGAACAGCUCGAAGCUAUCAAGGAUGUUCCAGAUAGGAAUCAGGAUGGUUUUUCGAGAUAUAUGGCAAACAUUGGAUGCUUCAACUACUUUGAACAUGAAAUAGAGCUAGAAGAGUCGGCGGUACCGCACAGGGAGGGGGCGAGGCGUAUGACCCCAAACAAAUCGGAUGCAUCUAGAAAAGAGAUAGAGACCCUACUAGAGUAUGACAUGAUAGAAUCAUCCAAAUCACCGCGGGCGUGUGGAGUAGUGAUAGCUAAAAAGAAAGGAGACCAACUUAGGUUUUGCUGUGACUUUCGAUAUCUGAACUCCGUCACGGUGAAGGAUGCUUAUCCCAUAACCUAG